GACAUAAUUCCCUCAUACGGACUUGAAAUAAAGCGGACAAUAUCGUAAUAAUGGAGAUACCUCUGAUUUCGACACUCCAAUAAUAAGUUUUUGCUUCUUCUUUCUUUCUUUCUGGGUCUAACUAUAUAUAUCACCUUAAUUAAUUAAUUGUGGAGUGUCUGCUGGUUGUUGGCUGUUUACUCGAGGGAUAUAUGCCUGCCGGCAUUUUUUUAUAUAUAAAUAAAUGGCCGGCCAUGAGAGGGAGGGAGGGAGCAAAUAGUGCAAAGGCAAGCUGGCUCCCGACCCCUCCACACCUCCACCUUCUUCCUCUUCCUCUUCCUCUUCAUCCCUUCUUUAUGGUUUCUGUGCCUUUACUUUUCUCUGUACCGCCAAAAAAGGGUAACCAAAAAAGAGAGAAAACGAUCCAUGGAGCAGGGUGGAGGGAGAAAAAAAGAAGAACGAAGAAGAAGAAGCUUUGUGUUUUGUGGGGAACGUUGUCUGGUCCAAGGCACUAUGAGCUAGCUAGCUCCCAGAUCUCAAAAAUGGGUAGCAGCUGGUUAAGGUAAAUGGCCCUCGGACCAGGCUUCAUUCCCCUCAAUCACCCUUGCUUCCACACUACUCGAUCUCCUUCUGUUUCACCCUUCCAUCGCCAUUGUUAUCUUUUCCAGGGUAUAAUUCUCUCUCUCUCUCUCUCUCUUGGAUAUGAUAUUAGUCAAACAAUGUAAUUCAUGAACUGCUGGCAGAUCCGAUGUGUAGGUGUUGGUGAUUUAGAAAGCAAAGGUUGAUUGGUAUAAUGAUGAACCAUUUUGACUCUACCUACAGAUUUUGUGUGUAAGACACAAAGUUAGUUUCUGUUUCCCUCAUGCUUCUCAUCAUUGCUUUUUUUUUUUUACCUUGCUAUAUAGCCUAUGGGGUUAAUCAUUAGUAUGAAUCUGUAUCUCUGUGCUUAUAAUGAAUUAUACACAUUCUAUCACACUGUGCUUCAAAAAGGAAACCCUCCAGAUCAGAAGAGACCCUUUUGCAAUUACUGGUUCAUGAUUAGACUUUUUUCCAGGACUUAAUUUGCACAUGAUUUAAGAUGCAUGAUAUAUAAUUUCAAGUACUACUGGUUCUUCUUCCAUGCGAUGAAUUAUGCAUUAGGGUUUUGGCUGCACUAUCUUUCAUGUCAUUCAUUCAUAUAUAUGCACAGACAUAAUCACAUCUGGGUUGGCAGCUUGAUAUUGGUAACUUCACGGCCAACAGAUGAUUAAUUAAAUAAAGAGCAUUCAAAUGGUGGGAGGAGUAGUGGUUGGAUUUUCGUUUCUGCAGGCUGCAUUGGUUAUGGCGAUGCACCACAAAAAGGAGGGCCAUGACAGUCAGACAGACAGACUGCAGGACACAGAUUACAUAAUACAAUUUGCUUAACGUCUUAUGAAAAUGGUGUUAGUGGGGGUGGUUGGAUUCUGCAGCUAGCUAGCACACUAAACUAAUUAAACAACAACAGCAGACUCUCUAACAUUUCCCAAAGCUUUACCAAAACUAAGAUUAAUUAAAUGUUUAUGUAUAGAUUUUUUUAUUAGUUACUAGUCAGACUGGGUAGGAUAUCAAUGUAAUUAAUUACUGGUUAUCAUAAAUAAAUACAAACAAACAAACAAUGGAGAAUCCAUUUCUCUGGCAUAUAUGUAAGUUGGUGGCAAGUGGGAGGGAGGGGUAAUAUUCAUUCCAGCAGCAAAGGCUGGAAGAACCCAUCUUCUCUUGUAGCCUUAUAUUUUAUGCUUAUUAUUAUUCUUUGAAAAGAUGGGCAUCUUUUUGCUAGCUGCUGCAAUUUUUUCCACAAAGGCGCAUACUGAUAUAUAUUAUUCUUGAGUUGAUGAGCAAAAGCUCCCCCAGAAUCAGAUUCAUGAUAUAUAUAUGGAGUAUUCUUCCACAAAAUUAAGGAGUAUAUAUACUCCUCUUUACCCUUUACCUUUGUUCUCUCAGACUGCAUGUGUUAUAAGAGGUUAAAAGGCUUAACUAUAUCUUUUCCAACAACUCGAGUUAUUGGGGCCAAGUGGUUAGUUCGCUAACAUGGUAUCAGAGCCUAUAACCAAAAGGCCAUGGUUUCGAAUCCUCAUGACGACCCCCAAUUUAAGCAAACAAUGGUUUAGUACAAGGAAUGGUAUGUCCAACCUGCACAAACUGAAAGCCUAAUGAGUUUGGCAGCACAAGGGUUGAUACGUUCAACCUGUGUUCAACCUGUGCAAACCGUAUAAAAAAAAAAACCAGACAAAGAUAGCAAAACAGUGUGAGCCUGCAUGCAGGAAGUAUCUAUAUAUGUAAGUAAUACAGACUCUGAGACAUGACAUGAUAGAUUUUGGGGAAAUAGAGGGAGGUUUACGUGUGAGAAUUAGCAAAUAGUGGUUUUCAUGGCAGUGGAAAGGUUCUUCAAUGCCGUUCCCAUGGCACCCACUUCACUCUUUCUCCUCUUGGCUUCUCUUCUCUUGUCUCAUUGAUAAUAUGCACAACUUUUUUUUUUUUUUUUCUUUUUCUUCCUGCAGAUACAUCUGCUGCAUAUAUAGAUUUUUGCUUCUCCACGAUCUAAUUGCGCUAUCUGCUGAAUGCUGAUGCUGAUGCAAGACCGCGGCGGAGGAAGAGGAAGAGGAGAUCAGAGCAGAAUCUGGCGGGCCCGGCCCAGGCCCACUAGCAAGUAGCAGCAGGAAGUCUCCAGCUAUUUCAGGGGAAGAACAAUGGCCAACUUUUCGAGUUGCAGAUGUUGGGUUCUUCACCAACAGACCAAAAAUGUCUCUUCUUUUUUUUCUUUCUGGGGUUCUGACAGGACAGCUUAUAUCAUAAGUCGUCAGCCUAGAGAGUCUGUGUGUAUCUAAAUCUAGAUCUUAAAUCUAUCUCCCUAAAUUUGAUUCAUCGAGAAAUGAGGAGCAGCAGUACUGCAGGCAGUGGAAAUCCUUUUCUGAGUCUCCCGUGUAUUGCCUUGCCAUAUAUCGAUUUGUAUUAUUAAAAUGGAACUCUGCUACAUCAAAAGAAACUAAACCCUUAAUUUGUCCUGGUUUAGUCUGCAGGUCGAAGUUAGUGCAACGACGCUAGCUAAAUAAUAUCGUAGUUUUUGUUCACGUAAAUAAACUUAGAUACUCAAUUACACAUCCAUUAAGAUGAAAUGUCAAAUUCAUGUAUUUAAUAAACUAACUAAUGAUUUAUAUUAUAUCUUACAAAUAUCGAUGGAUUACGAUGGACUAUAAUUCGAUUCUGAAGCCAUUACGUAAUUAUAUUUUGAAUGAUUGGAAAUCAGACAAUAUCAACAUUAUACAUUAGGCAACCCUCACUCAAACUUCAGCGAGAUCUCUGUUUCACCGGCGAAGAAUACCGGAACCGCCGCAGUAAGUAGAAGCCAAGAGGAUAAUCUUUUUCGAUUUGCAGUUUCCGGCUGGAAGAAUGGCCCGACCUCCUGGCUUGUCCUGCGGCCUUCUGGUUGGGCGCGAUUUCAGAGAAUAGAUUGAGGGAAAGAAGAACUCGCGGAAGACGGAGGCUUAUAGAGUACAGAGUGCCACAGAGGAAUGAGAUGUGGCGGGUGAAUCUACCGGUUACGGUGGCAACCGUCAAAAGCACCGUCGGUUACAAUUCCAGAACAAUGGCGGUUACUUUGGGUUUUGAUCAUGCAUGAGAGGGAAAGGAAGCAGCGGGAAAGCAACCUGCUCUGGCUACCCUCUGGAUCUGUUUCUCCCUCUUUCUCGCCGUCGUGCGAUCCAGCAGAUUCCUGCGCCACGCCAUCGUGCGUCAAUCCUGGAUUUGACUCUAUCCUUGAAAUUCUUCUCGUGGAUCUUAUUUUUUGUAGGGGUUUUUAAACGAGUGGCGGUCCGGGCUCCUACGGCGACUCCCACCGGUGGACGGCGAGUCUUUCCGGCUUUGUUACUGCGUUGCGGUUUCUUUUUGGUGUAGUUACAACUCUUGGCAGGCACGUGCUCAAUUUUUUAUUUCUUUAUUUAUUUUCUUAUUUUUAAUGGUCAGCAAAAAUGUUAUGGAAUCCUAAUCGUGACUACUCUGCUGUAUGUUUUGUGGUGAAUCCUAAUUGGUCAUACGAUGAGCAAUGGAGAAUGAUGCCGAUCAUGAUCGAGGUGGAGCAAUGCUUGAAGACCUCUUUUACAUUUGUUUCUUUUGUUUUUGCUCUUAGUAGUACUAACAGGGCUGCCCAUCGCGUGGUACAAACGGCCCUUGCAUCGGUAGCAACCCUUUUGGUUGACUACCGCUUUUUCAUUUUCACCGCACUAUAAUACCCUAUCUAUUACGAUCUAUCUAUGACAAAAAAAAACAUUAUACAUUAGGCCCAGUAGAGACCAAUGCGGGUUGGGCUUUAUCCGCAGGCUCAAUCUGAGAGAUAGUAAGGUGGACAGAACUGGGCUAGUCGCGCACAGGCUGGGGCCCGGUUAGGAAAAUUAGUCUUGUUGGGCUUUAAGAAGCGAGCCCAGGCACACAUUUAUGGUACACUCUCGAGACUCGAGUCUCGAAUUUUAUGAUAAUUAUUUUGAUCAUCAAAUAGUCUCAAAACAAUGUAAAAACAAAUGACAAAAAAAAAAAAAAAACAAAUGAGUUUAUGCAAAAUCUCAUUAACCAUUUGACCUGUAUUUUAAGUAGUUCUAAGACUUGCUCGCUGGCGCAGAUUCCCAUAAAAAAAAACUUGCUCGCUGAAACCAUCGGUGAAUCCAAAACAUAGUAGUGCACUGGGCCGCAUUUCAUUAGAAAAUUAGAUACGGUAAAAAAAUUAUAGUUUUUUUUACAAUAUCAAUUGUAUACAUCGAUCUUUUAAUAUAGCGGAGUCAUCAAUAAUGGAGUGUACAUUCAUACCAAUAGCAUACUAAUCUCCCUCAAAUAACUAGUUUACCAAUCAGUGAGAAAUUCAUCGCUCAUUUUGUUAGGCAAAUCAUAUUUCACCUGUUCCAUUGUUGAAAAGGUUUUCUCCAUAAUAGCUGUUGAAACGGGCAAUGCCAAUACCAGACAAAUCAAUCGGCUAAUCAAUUUGUAUUGUGUGUUCAUCCAUAUUUCCAUCAGCUGCUCUAGUAAUUUUCAAGAGAGCAAACCUCAGUUGUUUUAGUCAUUUACGUUUUAAACUCUUACAAUUUUAGGUUACAUUAUUUGUUUUUCUUUAGAAGAGAAUCAAAGGAGCUAGAAUUUCUAGGCUAAAGAGUUGUGAUUUGAUUAUGUCAUCUAACCCAUUUUCUCAAUUACACACAAUCUUAUUAUAAAAUAACACUAUGCCGAAUGACUAAAAUCGAUAAACUCAUAAGGACUAUACUAGCUCCGAAUCCAGAGAAGGGCUGGGCCGUGGCCCGAGGUGGCCACCCCUGGAUCCGCCAGUGGCUGCAACUUCAGAAAUUCGUCUAAUCACCAUUAUAAAUACAAAAUUAAGAGUAAAAUACGUAGACAUAUUUCCUGUUGAUUAUUAAAAUUUAAAAAUUGAUUUCUAGAAUCUAAUUCUAAACUAGAAGUGUACCAUAUAGGCAUAUACAUCCAAAAAACUCGAGCGUAUACCCACCUUAAGAAAAUAUGUCUCCCUAACAUAAUUUUUGUUCUUCACUUCUGCCGACAAAACACAGAACAAAGUCACCAAAGGGCAAAAGAGGAAACGCAAAGAGUGACAUCCAUGGAAUCUAUCCCUUACCACGGGACACAAAAAAAUCACAGUAGUGCACGCAAGCAGACCAUUUCCCAAAAUUCCCCAAUCCAUCACAACACAUUACAACAAGAAGAAGCAAACUAAAAAGCUCCCAAAAGGGAAGAGAAAGAAGAAAAAGAACCGUGUGAAGAAGACCACCGCUUGCAGGAAUCCAUAUUGUCAUUCCUACAGUACAGAAUCGAACCCAAAUUAAUGGUGAGAAUGAGCAGCAACUAUCACAAAAGAGAGAACCAUACAUACCCUCUUCGUACAUAUAACCAAAUUUAGAUAUGAAAACCUCCACAGAUCAAAUUGUAGGCUACAGCUGCUGCUACUCCUCCCUUGCCUGCUGCUGCUGCUGCUGGUGGGUAGUCGCCUUCACCACCUCCUGCACACGUGUCAAACAAGCACCACCAUUACCUAACAAUAAUGGCCGUUUCACGACAGAUAACCAAGUCGUUUUCACUCGGUGUUGAAAACUAGAGCCCCAUUAAAGAAAAGAUAUGCAU